UUUUUCAACAAAUGUACUAAAUCAAAUGUGACAAGGCGAAGGCAAAGUGAACGGAAAAGAAGACAAAUUUGAUUUCACUUUGUUAUGGUAGACUUGGUCAACCUCCCUCUUAUGUAAGAGAGCAUCUUUUUCCCUAAUUCUUAUCCAAAAACUUUGCGUCUUCUUUUCUUGAUUAAACGACUUCUGCUAAAGUUACAAAGCAACUAAGAGUAAAUUACUGCAAAAAAAUGGAAGAAAUACCCAACAAAUCUCAUGUUUUAGUUCUUCCGUUUCCAGUACAAGGUCACAUAAAUCCAAUGAUACAAUUUUCCAAAAGAUUAGCAUCAAAAGGAUCAAUUAAGGUAACAUUAAUUACCAUAGACUCUAUCAGCAAAUCCAUGCCAAUGUUGGAAUAUGGUUCAAUCAAGAUUCAUUCCAUUCCAUCUAAUGACUCUCCUCCUGAAAGUUAUGAUCAUUUUCUUGAAUGGUUUCGUUCAUUGGUUUGCAAAACAUUGACAACAAUUGUUGAGACAUUAUCUGAUACUGAUCAUGAGUAUCCUGUGAAAGUUAUUGUAUUCGAUUCGAUUACAACAUGGGCUAUUGAUCUUGCACAUGAGUUAGGACUUAAAGGGGCAGCUUUUUUUACCCAAUCUUGUGCACUUAGUGUGAUAUAUUAUCAUAUGGAUCCUGAAAGAACUGAAGUUUGUUAUGAUGGAUGUGGGAAUGUGUGUUUGCCUUCACUUCCUUUGUUGGAAAAACAAGAUUUGCCUUCGUUUGUGAGUCAGAGUUAUUUGUAUCCAUCUCUUAGUAAACUUGUGUUCAGUAGGAAUGUUAAUUUCAAGAAAGCAGAUUGGCUUUUGUUCAACUCAUUUGAUGUGUUGGAGAAGGAGGUGAUCGACUGGCUAAGGACCCAAUGUCGAAUCAAAACCAUCGGACCAAUUAUUCCGUCAAUGUAUCUUGACACGCGACUAAAAGAUGACAAAGAAUACGGUUUGAGUCUCUUCAAACCUAACAGUGAAACUUGUAUGAAGUGGCUAGAUUUGAGGGAAAUUGGCUCUGUUGUUUAUGUAUCAUUCGGAAGUUUAGCCAGUCUUGGCGAACAACAAAUGGAGGAACUAGCUUUCGGAUUGCUAAUGACCGAUUGCUAUUUCUUGUGGGUUGUUAGAGCUACUGAAGAGAACAAACUCCCAAAGGAAUUUAUGUCCAAGGCAAAAGAGAAAUGCCUAAUUGUGAAUUGGUGCCCGCAGCUUGACGUCUUGGCUCAUCGAGCAGUUGGUUGUUUCUUUACUCAUUGUGGAUGGAAUUCGACCCUUGAAGCAUUGAGUUUGGGAGUGCCAAUGGUAGCCAUGCCCCAGUGGUCAGAUCAACCAACUAAUGCGAAAUUUAUUUGUGAUGUGUGGCAAACAGGAGUUCGUGUUAAGGCCGGAGAAAAUGGUGUAAUUACAAGAGAAGAAGUAGCACGUUCCAUAAGGCAAGUGAUGGAGGAAGAGAAAGGUGUAACGCUUAAAGAGAAUGCAAGUAAAUGGAAACAAUUAGCUAAGGAAGCAGUAGAUGACGGAGGGAGUUCUGAUAAGAAUAUUGAAGAAUUUCUCAAAUUUGUAAUGCACUAGACUGAGUACUAAAUAUAUUUGACAGUUCAUGUGUUUGUAGGUAAGUGUUUCACACCCUCUAGUUUGUAUCUUGGUUCAUGUGCUUCGAUAUAGUCUCUUCUUCUUCUUCA